AAGAUUGUUUUGCUUAUAAUCUGCGCAAUGAUGUGCCAAAUCGUUAAUUUAGUGUAUUUUUAUUGGGUCAUUAGAAUAAGCGGCCAUAUGUGGUAAUAUUUCUCUAGGAGCUGAUCCGUGCAGUAUGGCGAAAUAAUUAUAUGGCGAAAGCAGUGCUGCGUUUUUAAAAGUUUUUAUCCUAUCAGCAUCGAAACAUGCUCCAAUGACGCACAGCGACCGCUCUCUCUGGGUGGUGUUUUCUCUCUGCGCAGUGUUUUGGGAAACGCAUGAUCCAUCUUCGAAUGUUGAAUGAAAGAUGCGUCGUUAAAACACUCGUAAGCCUAAAUUCGGGAAACCGAGCCCAGGUUAGGUGUACAUGUAUCACCUUUUCAGUUCAAGAAACGUGUUUCUCUAUUUGUCCCAAUGUAUGUAUAGUUUUUCCUUGUGGUGUAUCCGUAGUUGGUGAUACGCAUUGUGAAGAAGAAUGUUGAUGUUGAAGAGGAAGACUCAGUGGUAAACAAACUCCAAAUCGUGUAAUUUGCUUGUCCUGGCUGAAGACUGAGUGAAGGAUCAUGGGUAACACAGGUGACCGGAUGUCCGGUGAUCGCCAUGGCGCUAAGGCCCAUCGAUCAGACAGCAGAGGCAGCGACAAAGACCAUGAGCCCAGCAAGAUGGUGGACAGCACAGACGAUCCUAACAUCUUCAACACACACGGACUGGGGUCCUCCAAGGCGUCGGACAAGGAGGAGCCUGACCUGGAUGACUUGGUGAAGACGGGGCCUCAGUCCAGACCUACAGUCAUCCGCUGGGCCGGAGGAGGGAAGGAGGUUUACAUCGCGGGCUCCUUCAACAACUGGGGCAACAAGAUCCCCCUCAAUAAGAGCCACAAUGACUUUGUAGCGAUCCUGGACUUGCCAGAGGGAGAGCACCAGUACAAGUUCUUUGUGGACGGACAGUGGGUCCAUGACCCCUCAGAGCCAGUGGUGACCAGCCAGUUGGGCACCAUCAACAACCUGAUCGAGGUGAAGCAGUCAGACUUUGAGGUGUUCGAUGCUCUGCAGGUGGACUCUCUGGAGUCUACCGACACCUCAGAUCUGUCCAGCUCCCCUCCAGGGCCCUAUGGACAGGAGCAGUACAUGUUUAGGCCUGAGGAACGCUUCAAAGCCCCGCCCAUCCUCCCCCCACACCUCCUCCAAGUCAUCCUCAACAAGGACACCAACAUCUCUUGCGACCCAGCCUUGCUGCCUGAACCCAACCAUGUGAUGCUCAACCACCUUUAUGCUCUCUCAAUAAAGGAUGGCGUUAUGGUGCUCAGUGCGACUCACAGAUAUAAGAAGAAGUACGUCACAUCUCUGCUCUACAAGCCCAUCUAACCUGUCUGUGUAGGUGCAGAGUGCUAUAGAGGGCGGCAUGUUAACACUGUACUGGGUUUAACCAUCGUGUAGCUGAGAUUGCACUGAACUAACAGUUUACUGAUGAGACUGGGGGCAAAUCUCAAAGGACACCCUUUUCCUUGUCCAGUGACCUACAGGGCUCCAUAAAGGGCUCAAAGUAAUGCACUCGAUGGGGAAUAGGGUUUCAUUUGAGUCUCAGCGUGUGACCCUCACAAGGGAAAAUACUUAGCAUUCACAGUUUGAUAGCGAUAAGAAAAGGGACUGAGAAGGAGACUACUGUGUGUGUUUGCGUGGAGCACUUCUUUGCAUGUGGGCGUGUAGAAAGAACAUUUAGUUCCAUUAAAAACAUGAAGGUUUGAAGAAAAGUCCUGAUGGAACUUGGAAAUGCAUAUAAUCAAGAUGAUGUUUUAUUAAAUGAGCUUUUAAGAGAUAUGAACACGGAAAGAGGGCCGUUGAAUGUCGCUGGCUUGGCUUAUGGUACUCUCCCAUUCUUUCUCCAUAUUAUUACUGUAGUUGGACAUGACUGGAGUAACUGCAGGGUCUUCCUGGUUUGGUCCCAAUGGGUCGAUGACCACUAAUCGAACCAUCAAAUCAAAUCAAAUUUUAUUUGUCACAUACACAUGGUUAACAUGGUUAAUCGAACCAUGAUAUGCAAUUGGAUAGGCUGUAAAUUCAACUGAAUUAUAAUGAAGUCAAAGUAUAACAAAGGAUGGGAAUUAUAUCGUAUAGCCCGUUUAAGCCUAUCACACUGGCCAAAUCAACUUUGUUUCCACGUCAUUUCAAUGUUAGGACGCCUGUGCUCAUUGGGAUAUGAUUCACACUUGAAAAAUGUGAAAAUCCCUUUAAACUACUGUAGAGGCCUCGUAUUAAUUAGAGUAUAUUAACGAGGGGUUCUCGUUGUGGAAUGUUGGGCCGUGGCUGUAGACCUGUGCUUAGUGCUUUAUGUCUUUAUGACACGGUGAUGCAAGCACUUGAGUUACCCACCCAUGUGUCCCCAACAAAUGCUUUAAGCAGGACUGUUGACAUAAGCUUUUAACUAUGCAGGUACACGGAAAAAUAUUGCACAGUAGCUUUAUGUUGGACCUCGGUGUCCAAGCUGCAUUUUCUAGGCCUAGAUACAGAAAUGGCUGUGCUUCGUGUUUCUCUCUCUAGCCCAUUUUCUAUUUAUCCAAUAGGAAUCUAUUUGUCUGUGUGCCAUAUUUAUAGCUUACACUCCCAAAUACUGGUUUGUCUUGAAUGUUGUGGAGCAAUUGAAUGUCUAGUACGAACAGUUUACUGUAGAAUAUGUGGUGGAUUUUAUGGAUUUCAAUCCAGAUUCAACAUGUCAUUCAGUAAAGUAUAAAAUGGCCAAUAUGGAUUUCAAUCCAGAUUCAACAUGUCAUUCAGUAAAGUAUAAAAUGGCCAAUAUGGAUUUCAAUCAAGAUUCAAAAUGUCAUUCAGUAAAGUAUAAAAUGGCCAAUAUGGAUUUCAAUCAAGAUUCAAAAUGUCAUUCAGUAAAGUAUAAAAUGGCCAAUAUGGAUUUCAAUCAAGAUUCAAAAUGUCAUUCAGUAAAGUAUAAAAUGGCCAAUAUGGAUUUCAAUCAAGAUUCAAAAUGUCAUUCAGUAAAGUAUAAAAUGGCCAAUAUGGAUUUCAAUCCAGAUUCAAAAUGUCAUUCAGUAAAGUAUAAAAUGGCCAAUAUGGAUUUCAAUCCAGAUUCAAAAUGUCAUUCAGUAAAGUAUGGAAUGUGAUUGUUAAAUUUGAGUGUUCUGUGAAUCAAACUUCACAUUUUUGACCAUACACCAUUUCAUAUUUGUAGUUGUAAGAGUACUGUACCUGUUGCUUGUGAUACCAGUAAUCAAUGUGGGCUGAUAUGUAGGUAUAUACUCCAAA